ACUUUAUUCUAAAGGCCGUAUUCUUGGUUUUAAACGAGCAAAAAGAAAUCAAUCACCAAAUAUUACAUUAAUUAAAAUUGAAGGAGUAACUACGAAAGAAGAGACACAAUUCUAUCUUGGGAAACGUGUUGCUUUUGUGUAUCGUGCCAAGCGUGAGAAAAAUGGUAGCAAGAUUCGUGUAAUUUGGGGUCGUGUGUCAAGACCUCAUGGUAAUGGUGGAGUAGUAAAAGUCAAGUUUAGAACUAACCUUCCUGCAAAAACUUUUGGUGCUAGUGUAAGAGUUAUGCUGUAUCCUUCACGUGUUUAA